GCGCGGGGCGGGGCGGGGCCGCACCUGUGCUGCGGGGCUCCGGGGGGAGGAUGCUAGGGGGAACCCGGGCCCCGGAGCAGCUGCGCGCCCCGCCCCGCGGGCUCCUCCCUGCCGCCGCGGCCCCCCGGCUGCUGCCCCGAUGCGCUGCGCCGGGAGCUGGGGCCGAGUCGCCGCCGCAGCUGCAGGGGCGCCCGGGCUGGGUGACGCCGCCGCCGCCCGCGCCCCUCCCAGACCCCGCCGGCCGCAUGGAGCCCCCGGAGGGCGCCGGCCCGGGAGAAAUAGUUAAGGACGUGGAGGCACCACAGGCAGCCCUAGGCACCCUGGCCCAUGGGACAGGGGACAGCUGCCACUCGCCCACAGCUGAGGAGGAGGUGGGCAUCCCAAUACCAGCCCCGGGGCUCCUGCAGGUCACAGAAAGGAGGCAGCCCCUGAGCAGCGUCUCCUCCCUAGAGGUGCACUUUGACCUCCUCGACCUCACCGAGUUGACUGACAUGUCUGACCAGGAGCUGGCCGAGGUCUUUGCUGACUCAGACGACGAAAGCCUGGCUGGGGAGUCGCCAGCAGAGAUUUGGGCAGCUGCUUGCACAGCCAAGGUCACUAGGCUGGGCUCUCCUGGAGGCAGCACUCUGCACUGCCCUCCUCACGCCCCCGGCUCCAGCCCUUCAGCCCCUGGGGAAGGGAGACGUCCUCCUGCAGGCUGCCGCUGCCUUGGUGCCGUCCACAGACUGCUCACAGAGGCCGGUUCUCCGCAGAGGGCCGGGACCCAGCAGCACCACCGUGUCCGCCUCGCCCAGCACCACCUCCUCCAGCAGCACCUGCCCACCUAGAAAUCACAGUUGCCCGUCACAGAGCUGCUCCCAGAACAGCGGGUACUGCCAAGGCAAACCCCAAGCCCAACAUCCCAGGAGGACGGGAGAGCCCGAGGCCAGGACCCGCCUCACUCACCCACUCCAGCUGCUCUCGGCACCGGGUCAGCAGGUCCAGGUCCCACUCACUGGCGUCACAGGUGCCCCACCUGCUUAGCAAUGAGCUGGCCCGUGGCCUCGCCAUACGGCUUCCCUACCAGCAUCUCGCCUCGUCGGGAGAGGUCACAGUAUACCUGUCCCAGCUCUUCGCUCCUCCAAAGCGCACAAUCUGGAAACAAGGAGGUGGGGCUGAGCCUGGAGGGGCUCAGCCAUGCAGAGCCCCCAACGAGGGCGGCUGACCUUUACCUGGGCAGAGGCGCUCUGGGUGACUUUCCUCAAGUCAUCCUGGGCCUCUGGGUGAGCCACCCAAAACACAUCUGCUCAGCCACCCUGCCCCCAGCAUCAUGCACAUGAGGUCAAAGGGCUGCUCCCGUGUGGACAGAUACUGCUCCCUGGGCAAGCACUGGGAACAGCUGAGCCCUCUGUGCCGGGGGAUGAUGGACACCUAGAAGACACAGGCCUGUGGUCCCAGCCUCUACUCCCCAUGCAGAGCUCCUGCCCCUUCCAGGUCCCACCUCUGAAGCAUCCCAGACCAAUUUGCCCUACUAUGACCACUGGCCACAAGGGCAUGGGAGGAGGAGACAGACCCCUGGUCUCCGCCCAGGAUUUGGUGGGUCUGGGUGGAGUCACCCCAAAGAUUAGCAUGGAAACCACCUCCAUCCUAUCAGUCCUAAGGAAGUUCUCGUAGAGCCCACCUUUUGGGUCCAAAGCUUAGAAGUGAGCCGAGUUUAACAUCAGAUCUCUGGGGUGUCAGGAGUCCGCCAUCCAGAUCCCACGGGGAGUCAACACCCUACUCCUUACUGCUGCACGUCCCUGAACAAUCUUUUGAACCCAAUUCUAAACCACUACAUUCCUUGAAAAGUAAAAGGGCGGCCGCUGUGAACAUACUGUGCCCUCAUGACCAGAGGCCACACACAAUCACCUGGAGAAGGUAAACACCCACAAUGACCUCCAGCACAGGGUCCACAGGAUUCAGGAAUCAGCAGAGUGCCAAGUGUCUGCCCUCAGGGGAGGCCACGGUCACCCUCUCACUGGGCCGCACACCUGCGUCUUCUUCUCGAGACCUAAAUAUCGGAUUCCCAGGCCAGUGAGAGGCAGAGGAAAAGGGGACAGCCAGGAUGUGGUGCCAAAUCCCCAGCCUCCACUGAUGGAGUGCUGGGAACUGGCCAGAGCCUCUGCUCAGCCAGUGCAGACUCCCAGGCCCCGCCAGACCCUGUGCGGCCCUCCACUCUGCAGAAACCCCACCUCCCCCAGGGUGCAGACGGUGUCCCACCGCCCACACUCUGCACGUAGCACACAGCUUCAGGAGGCCUGUUCUCAGCCCAUGUGAUUAGCUCUCUUCUCUGGCUUGCUAAGUGACCCAGAAGCAUGGAGACCAAUGCCUCCUACACCCUAGCUUAUAAGCAGUUAUCAGUCCACAGAAAAGGCAUAAACUCCCACUGGGCCCAGCUUCAGGACUGGUCAGCUCAGCAGCAUGGUGGGGCCAAGCCUCCCGAAGCCGUGGAGACGUCCUGGGCUACCAGACACUCCACGCUUGUCUACACACGCUGCACUUCCCUAAGGAACUCAAAACACUGCAGCACCGCCGACCUGUCCGUGGUUCUCAGACCCAUCAGGCUGACCGCAAAGGGCAGCCACUGGCCCCUAGGACAGCGCCCUGACCCUCAUCCCCAGGAAGGCACUCCAAAGCCCUGAACCCACGGACUGCAGCUCCCGGAGCUGCUGAGUGGAAGCCAGGAGGCCAGGCACGUGUUGCUGGGAGGAACCACACACACCUGCACCCACCCACCUUCAGAGAACUGUCUCUGGAAGGAAGACCCUAGGGAACCCCCCCUCCUCCCAUAUGCAGUCAGCAUCCAAACCAGGGCCGGACCCACUGCCCUGGAGCCCUCAUCUCUCUGAGAUUCCAAAUGGAGCUCUAGACACAGCAUGAAAGCUGCUGCCAGAUUCCCAAGUCCCAAAUUCUGGUUUGGAAAACUGUCCGCAGCUCGUGUGUGCUAAAGCAAAGCUGGGGCCCCAGCAUGAGCCAAAGACCAGAGCUCAAAGGCCCCCCAGCUCAAGACCAAAGACCCUCUCGGUGGCCCAGACAGAGCACUGCUCCAGGACACAAGGACCCAGGGGGUUAUCCAUACGUCAUUUUUAUGGCUGAAUAAUAUUCCGUGAUACAUACACACAUUUUGGCUAUCCAUUCUUGUAUCAAUGGACAUUUAGCCGUGAACAUUCAUGUACAAGUCUUCACGUGGCCACGUUUUCAGUUCUCUUGGGUAGACACCGAUGACUAGAACUGCCGGGUCAUACGGCAACUCUGUAUUUUACUUUCUGAAGGACAAACAGAUGUCUACAGCCUGUUUCACAGGCCCACCAGCAACGUAUUAGGGGUCGUGUGUCUGCGUGUCCCUGCCAACCCCUCUAACUUCUACAGCCAUCCUGCUGGGUGUGAAGUCCGAGUUCACUGUGGUUUUGAGUUGCAUUUUCCUAAUAAAUAACACUCAGCGUUUUUUCACAUA